CCCUAUUUGAAAGGGUGCUCUAUUUAAACAGACAUAUUUUAAUGAAAAGGACCCCAAAAAACUUACUUUUUAAGGGAACAGUGUUGGUCAUGUUUAUAUUCGAUUUGAUACUGUGGCCGCUGCAUCGAAUGCUCAGAGGGCAUUGCAUGGGCGAUGGUUUGCUGGAAAGAUGAUAACGGCAACAUUUAUGACGGCAAUUGCUUACAAGGCCAAGUUUCCGGAGCUAAGAUGAGGAAGGUUUCUCUUCAACAGCAACUGGCAUUUGAUGAACCUUGCAGUUUUGGAGCGGGGAUUUGACAUGAGCUGCAAGUGCAGUUCCUGCCAGGAGAAUGACUGAAGCAGCUGACUUCGCUGUUGCUGCUUCGUUGAGGUGUUAUCGUCAUGGCUUGUGCUGUUGCAGGGACAUGCGGGCUAGUAGAAUGAGAGUGGGGAAUGAGGCUGUAGUUUGGACAACAUCGCUGUGAUUUGUCUUGGUACAGAACGGUGACAGGGCAAGGUGUGCGUGCUGGAAGCAUGGAUGGCCGUGUGUUUGUGUCCUGUUCUUGGAUUGCCCUAGUGCAGGAUAUGGUCGUGCGGGAGAGUGGAGACGGGCGCUAUUGUUGAGCACCAGCUAUUUUCCUUGGUACGAUUUCGUUUCAGUUGUAUUCACUAUAUUGCACACAGAGGAGCGGGUGGACUGUAUAGUUAAUUGCACCAUCAGGCCUGGGUUGAGCUUGGAAUAUAUACAUAUAUAUAUGCUAUAAAGAGCAAGAUGACAACAAAUGGGUGGCGGCAGUGGUGCACUACGGCCAUGUAGUUGAAGGGAUUAACACCAUCAUUUUUGGCUUUGUAUGAACACUUCAUGUGCUCGCAUGCUAGCCUUACCGGACACAGUUGCAAGUAACUCCCGUAAGGCUUUAGCUGUAGGCAUUGAAUAUUGGGAGCAACUCCCACACAUGUGGGCACUUUUAGAGUAAGAAAUGUUCAUGUCCGUGUAUUGUUGAAGCAAGCGAUUUUUCAUGAGAGCAUGUUGUUCUCCUUCUCUCGUCUUCAGCUGCCUCCUGUCCUGUCAUUGCGAUCCUGCCCUUUCUUAUCCCCCACUUCUGCCCCUCCUACACAUGCGCUCACACAUGCACAUAUAGGGUUGUGCUUCCCCUCAGCGCUGACCAUCUUAUGGCAUAUGCAGUGCGAGUCAGUAAACACGCAAACAUCCUCGAAUGUUAGAGGUCGUGUCUUCUGAGACAGUUUUGAUCUCUGUUAGGACCUCAGCUAGGUGUGCGACAGCUUUUUGUGUACAUCGUCCAUCGCUCGGUGCCGUGGUGUUCACGUUUGCUGUCCGUUGGAGCGGGUCGGAAGAGUUUGGCUACUGAGGCAAGCCCAGGUUCUUCUUCUCACCUGGAUGAGGUCAGGUCAGGCAAUACUUAUUGCGAUUUUGCAAGAUGCAAGAUCCCGUAGACCAUCAUUCCGCAUGGAAUGCUGUUGAUUAAUGAAUCAGAGUGACCAAAAGGCAUUGUAAGAUGGUUUUGUAAAGUGAGCGUAUUCGACCAGUGUCAGUUUUAUGUUGACAGCCCAGAAUGCCAACUUCUGGUGUGUUACGAAUAGUUAUGCCGCUUUCGGUAGUGAAGAUGAGAAUGCUGUGGUCUAAGUGAAGAUUUGGAGACUGCAUGCUCAAUUUGCAUGUCAGGCUGACUUUUUGGAUGCUCUGAGUGGUAGUUUUCUCCUUUGCUCUCUUUCACAAUUCUUCCCCUUUUCCUGUUUGGCGAGGAAGAAGAGUAUUUCCUAUUUCAGCCGUAAUCUCAGUUUGCGGUAAUGUGAUUGGUUCGUUGAACUGAAGCAUGGAAGUUAUGUGGAAACAAGUUUUCCUUGAGGGUGGGAUUAUGAACCUGCUGUGUACGUUGCACUGCUGGAUGUGCCCUGCUUGUUGGAUUCCAAGAGAGCGGUUCGUUGCAAAGCCAAGAGAAAGUAUUGCAGGUCUGUCCUCCUCUCGGAAGGCACGUCUAUUGAAGAUAUGUGAAAGCUUCUUGCCAAGGGGGUGCUAUGGGGUGCCAAACAUCAGGAGAAUGGCUCACCAUUUGAAGGCACGGGGUUCUGACCUGCCAAGCAUCCGUCAUGCAGAUGGCCCAGCUUAAAAACAUAGCGUCCCGUGGCGGCAAUUGUCCUUGUGUGGCGAUGGUGCAAGAGUGAGUGAAGCAUCAGUACGUAAUGGGAGACGGUAUGCGCAAGACAAGCGCAGCCGCAGGUUUACUGCAUUGUUGUGGGGUUGGGGGAGAUUGGUGGGAGUGGAGGCAAUCGUAUAUUAAUUGUCUUCUGAAGCCCUCAAGAGUGUAGGGAGUCGUCGUGUAUUAUUACAAGUAGCAACUCACGACGUGAAACCCUGCUUGGGACCCCGUCAUUUCCGCCUCUUUCUGGAGGGGUCUCAGCAGCUGUACCGUAAAAUUGAGGCUGCUGUCUGGAAGAAGCAUUCCUAGCUAGCUGAUCUGGUAGCAUUCCACUAGACAUGCUAUUGUGUUUGGGGGAAGACGGUAGUCUGCCAUCUUGCAUCCUGCUGCGUCUGAAGUCCGAUCAGCUUAGAUAACCAGGUGUUGCCUCCAGGCUUGGAACUCCCUGUUUUUCCACUCUUUUCUGGAGUGCACGCAGCAGCCGUGCCGGCGAAAGCGAGUCUGCUGUUUGCUGGCUGGCAAUACGUUGAGGAGGGCAGUGCAAUGUCUGUGAAAUGCUAUGAGCUUGUAUACAUUCAUCAUCGGGGCAUUGUUGUGUUCGGUGGAAGAGAUUAGUGUGCCUGUUGAAUAUGAAGUCUUGUCAUCCAAUAGAGUCACAGCGCGUACCUCCCUCAAGUGUCUUGUUCAAUUUGUGCAUGAGUUGAAUGCCCUGAUGGCAGACGAUGCAGUUAGGUUGUCGAGUUCUUUAUGCGAUGAAAACCAGGGGGGGUCAUGUCUCCUUGCAGCAACUGAUUAUGGAGCUUAUGGGGCAUUGUUGUAGUUCAAACAGGGAUUUAAAUCAACCAUUCUUUACAGAGUAUACCAGGUCUCCAUCCUGCUAACGGUCAGGUCUCCUUCCAGCAACUGAUUUAAUAUAACCAUUCUUUACGAAGCAUGCGUCAAUGACUUCCCCGGAGUUACACAAUCUGGAGGCUCUUAUCCUUUUGGGUAGUGCCGUGUGACAUGGAGACUGGCGGAUGGUUCUCUCCGAACAGAUUAGCAUUUGGGCCUUUAGAUGUUGCAGAGUUGGUUGUCGCUUAUGUUCGAUUUUUGGGUGUUGUGAGAUGAAUGGAGGCUGGUGGAUGAACCGCCCUGCCAUGAAGGUACCAUGCGACUCGUCUGUGCAUUGCAGUUCAUCCUCUGGCUUGUGGUGACUGGAACUAAGGAACCGAGCCUAGUGAUGGUUAUCCCUGCUACUCUCAGGUUUGGCAAAUUGAGCGUGUAAGGAGAAAGGUUGGCAGUGGACGGAGAGAGGAAAACCACCCCGGUGGAGGCGGUCUGGUGUACCUCUACUGAAUGCAGAACUACUUCAUGUCGGUGGGUGUGUCCCAGCGACAAAUCGCGUGGGAGGACUUAAAUAACACCAUAUUUCUUUGUGUAAGCAAGAAAGGGAUGUCUGCUUUCCAGAUCCGACCUGCACAAGUUUUGAGUGGAGCAUGGCUCAUUAGUAGCUGCUUGCAUUAAAAAUGUCAUUGCUCUGAGAACUUGUGCAUCAAUGAGAUCAGAACACAUUGUGCGGCUAUAAUUGCACGGCAACUCUGCCAGCUUGUGCUUAUGCCCGUGCGUGUUUGAGACACUGAGAGGCGCCAACUUUUGAUGGAGAAGGAGAGGUAAAGAAGGGAUUCGUAACACGUUAGCACGUGAGUGACUGCGCGGAGCACGUGAGUGACUGCGCGGGCUUGGAGGUUGCCACUUAAAAAACGGGUUGAGGUUCUAGGGAGUGGGAUUGGUCAGGAAGUUUGAAGUUGUGGUAACGAGAUACAGAGGCUCAAAGACAACGAUUGAAGUGUUAACGGUAGCACUGGGCCAAUGGCCCGGAUCACAGGAAAGUUGGCCUACCUACAGGUGCACAUCCACAAGAGGGUACUGCCUUUCCUCUCCCCUCGCUGCCACUCUGGCCUUCUGCCGCACAGCCUGACAUCUGUGCCGCUGACGGUUUUGCUGUGCACCUAACCUCGCUGCUGUGUAACCGGACAUCCACACCACCACCCGUCCUUCUGCUGCCACUUAGGGAGAGGGGGAGAGAGAGAGAGAGAGAGAGAGAGAGAGAGAGAGAGAGAGAGAGAGAGAGAGAGAGGACUUCGUGCUUGAAUGGGUAACCGUGCACUACCUCUUCCCCUCCACCCACUGUGCUACUGCCAUAACUCCCCACCCACUUUAUGGCACCGAGUGCACCUAACUAUCCCUGCAUUGUGGCCCCUGGUACUCACCUAACUUACCACGGGCGUCAGCAUACCUCCCUCCACCUGUCAAUGCCUUAACUAUCUAAACUGCUGCCCACCGUUUAUAAGAACAAGUGGACCCGAUGCUGUUACACCACCGAAGUUCUUACAGGUGACUGUAGUGAAUAUGGUGAAGGCAUAGUCUUACCCCAUCAGUAAUGGUGGAAGGUCGAGGUUCCAAGGGUUCGCGGCACAGAACGGAUUUAUGGCAACGGAGCAAACUCAGCCAGUUCCAAAAGUUCCUUGGUCCAAUUCUCCCUUUCGAUCAGCCACUGUAGCAACUCACCAUUGAAAAGAGGGAAAAAUCGAAAGUGAGCAUGAUAAUAGCACCAGGGCAUCCAACGGAUCAGAUCAGAAGUGAGCAUGAUCAUAACACCAGCGUCUCAUUCUCAACACAAGGCAAUCAAUUACCAUGAGCCUC